AUGGGAGCAAGAGAAAGCGGAGGAGGCGCCGCCUGGACCGCCACCGCCGCCGUCGAGAAGUGGAAGUCAUGGCGCCCGCAGAUCGUCGAUGGGGUACUGAACGAAGGGGGAGCAGCGACAAGAUCACGUGGAAAUCGCGGUGGAGGCCACACGCAGCACCAAGACUUGAAGAAUUAUUUUACAACUUUGAGUGUUGGUUCAAGUUCAGCUGGCAGCCGCCCAAGCACUAAUGAAAGUGCCAACGCCACUACUUCAACGGCGGGAGAAGUUGUUCAAGAAAAUGAAGCUAUGCAGUUUGUAGCAACAGAUUUAGCACACGUUGAUAUUGGUGUUGAUGAUGCACAACCACCAGAACCACAACAACGGCCACAGGAAGAAGAACAACAAGAAGAUGAAGGUAUCAUCCUUAUCACAGAAUUUGACCCGCAUGUUCAUAUUGUAGUUGAUCCAAAUCCAGCUCUUAGAAUGCCAAUUGAAAGAUUUCAUCCUAAUGUUCAAUCAGAUGUUAGAAGGGCUUAUUUAUUGAGAGGUCCGACACAACCCAUUGGACAUAAUUUCUCUAUUCGUGAUCGUGAUAAUAUAAGGGAAGAACUUGAGACAUUCCUUGUUCAUGUGAGUAGAGUUGAUGAUUUCAAAUCUUGUCAUGACCUUGGAAGCUGGGCUACAACAAUGAUUGCAAAUAAGAAACAUAUCCUUUUUCCAUUGGUCUAUCACAUCAUUGAGUUAGCAUUGAUCCUACCUGUGGCAACAUCUUCAGUUGAAAGAGCCUUCUCAGCUAUGCACUUCAUCAAGACAGCUUUGCGGAACAAGAUGGGUGAUGAAUGGCUCAAUAACUUGUUAGUGUGCUACACUGAGAAAGGGAUCUUAAGGAACUUGCAUCCUGUACAACUGCGCACAGUGUACCUGAAGGAGAGCUUCACCAUGGUGAAGAAAUACGGGGCCACCCAUGCUGCACACGCAGGAAGAGAGCAGGGAUCCCGCAGGAUCUUGCGUGCUCAUGGCAAGUGCUCGCUCUUCAAGUGGGUCAGAGAGGAUGGGUACAGAAACUCCAAGGAGAACCCCAGAGUGCUAGAUGUGGAAGCCCCCAAGCCUGAACCUACCACAGAGAUCCUCUUCCUCUGCAGCUACGACAACUGCGGCAAGAGCUUUGUUGAUGUCAGCGCGCUCCGCAAGCAUGCUCAUGUGCACAACGAGAAGCAGUAUAUCUGCACCGAGCCCAACUGUGGGAAGAAAUUUGUUGAUAGCUCCAAGUUGAAGAGACAUUAUCUUAUCCAUACAGGACAAAAGGAUUUUGUCUGUCCACAUCCAGGCUGUGGUAAGGCCUUCUCAUUGGAUUUUAACUUACGGUCACACCUGAAAACACAUGCAUUGGAGAAUUAUCACAUAUGCCCUUUCCCUGCAUGUGGCAAAAGAUUUACAAGUGACUUCAAAUUAGCAGCACAUGUCAAGUCACAUGAAAAGAUUGGAACUCCUAUUGCAGUGCAACAUGCGCCAGCACCAGCAGCAGAAAAACCGCGUGUCGCCCAGAAGCCUUCGACUCCAGCAACCACAAGCUAUGCUGAUCGCCCAUAUGUCUGCCCCUAUGAAGGUUGUGACAAAGCAUACAUUCACAGUUACAAAUUGAACCUUCAUCUAAAAACUCAGCACCCUGAACACGGUCAAGAGGAAAAUGGUAAGGUCGGUGCUUCUGCUGGUCAGCGUGCUGCGAAUGAACAGACCUACCAGUAUAACUAUGCUGAGGUUGGUGAGAUUGCACCAAACCCCAAAAGGAGCAAGCAUAAGGUCCACUCAUCCAAAUCCUACAAUGCCAAGACCUCGAGAGCGAUGCCUUCUGACAUCGGUGGUGUCAGGAACAAGUGGCCAGGUAAAGCUACGUACCAAGAUGAUAGUGAAGAGACCGAAGAAGACGGAGGCAACAAUGAUGACGAUGAGGAAACACCAGAUGAAGAUUGA